AUGUCUGCAGCAUCAGCGAGUCCCCCGAAAGAAGAUGCUGUGGCAUCACCCGAAAACGAUGCAAUGAACGACCCUACUGACCCACACGCCGCUGGACUUGGCUACGAAUUCGAAGUUAAGGAACAGGAUAGGUGGCUCCCAAUAGCAAAUGCCAUGUCCCACAAGUCUCCUUCCCCAUCUCCAUCUUCUUCAUCAUCUCCAGAGACGAAUCGCACUUCUAAAGGUGGCAAAAGCGAUGGGUAUCCGGACGCUAACAUUCGCAACUUUGCGCCAGUCGCCCGAAUUAUGAAAACCGCGUUACCAGACAACGCGAAGAUAGCCAAAGAGGCGAAAGAAUGCAUGCAAGAAUGCGUGAGCGAGUUUAUCUCGUUCAUUACUAGUGAAGCUUCAGAGAAAUGCCAUCAAGAAAAGCGAAAGACGGUCAAUGGAGAAGAUAUUCUCUUUGCAAUGACCUCACUCGGAUUCGAAAAUUAUGCCGAGGCUCUAAAGAUCUAUCUGUCGAAAUAUCGAGAAACACAGUCAACAAGAGGCGAACAACGACCUAGCAGCCAAGCAGGUUAUGGGGCGACUGGUGCAUCGGCCCCAAAUGCGGCCUCGUCAGCCUUUGCAGGUGGGGCAGACACCAACAACAAUAUCCUCGGUGGUCAACAAGCUGAGGGUGGUGAUCACGAUCCGCCUUAUGGAAGCCUCUACGGGGCUCAGAGCGGGCACAAUGGUGCCACUGGGGGUGAUGGUUAUUGA